CUCCACUUUAAAACAAGAAAGAACGUUACAUCACGCACACACGCGCACCAAAGCCAGAGCCCAGCACACGACAGUCGACACCACCACCACAGCGCGCACACGCACCGAGCCGCGCGCACACGCACCUCGCGGCGGGAGCGAUGGGGAGCAGCGGGGGCAGCAGCGAGCACUUCCUGCGGCAGCUGAGCUCGAGCGACGGCGGCGGCAGCGCGCCGCACCAGCUGGUGCAGCGGGAGUGGGAGUGCGGCGGCGGCGGCACCGGCAGCAGGCGCGGGUCGCGGCGCUGGUCCAGGACGAAGAAGGCCAGCAGGGCGCGGGGACACCGCCGGUUCUGCAGGACGGAGGAGGCUGCGGCGGCGGCUGCGGCGGGGCGGAAGCGGGUGAUGGUGGUGGUGGACCAGAGCUCCGGCGCCAAGCACGCCAUGAUGUGGGCGCUCACCCACGUCGCCAACAAGGGCGACUUCCUCACCCUGCUCCACGUCCUGCCGCCGCAGAGCGGGAGCGGGAUCGGGACCAGCGUCGGCGGCGGCCGCGGCGUUGCGGAGGACGCCUCCGCGCUCGCCAACUCCCUCGGCGCGCUUUGCAAGGCCUGCAAGCCUGAGGUGGAAGUGGAGGCGCUUGUGAUCCAGGGGCCCAAGCUGUCGACCAUCCUCAGCCAGGUGAAGAAGCUGGAGGCGUCCGUGCUGGUGCUCAGCCAACGCAAGCCCUCGCCUUUCUGCUGCUUCCUGCGGAGCAGCAGCGAGGAGGUGGUGGAGGAGUGCAUCAACCGGGCGGAGUGCCUGACGCUGGCGGUGCGGCGGCAGAGCAAGGGCGUCGGCGGCUACCUCGUCAGCACCCGGUGGCAGAAGAACUUCUGGCUCCUCGCUUGAAUUGAUCCACAAGGCCUCCCCUCCUUGGAACUUGGAUGCAAGAUUUCACUGCCCGGGCUAAGCUUUGUACAAGGCCAAUAAGUAACCACUACUGCAUCUACUACUCCAAUGUCCUCGGGUUAGAGUACUAUUGAUCUACUAUAACCUCCAAUGUCCUUGGGUGUCCAGUCAGCGUGCGUGUGCCUCUCUCUCUCUCUCUCUCUCUCUCUCUCUCUCUCUCUCUCUCUCUCUUAUCUGAUGUGCUGCUGUAUUCUAUCGCCUUGGUUUAGCUGUGCCGCUGUAGUCUGUAGCUGUUGUGUAGUGAAGCUGUGCUGCUCCCGUUUACCCUGUCUGUUCUGCCUGCGGGAAAUCUGUCUGUUUGUAGAGCAGGGUGUGCAGGAGCGCAGGACGUACGUACGUACACUGCAUUGCAUUGCAUUACGUAAACUAGAAUUUAAUUGUGUAUUGUGCGAUGUGUUUGUUUGCUUGCUGAAAUGCUGAGUACGGAAUGAACUGAUGACGAUGUGUUUGACCAA